ACCUACAGUGGUUGGUCUUAGGUGUUGUUUUAUCAUGGCUGCUGUGGAAAGGUUGCGAGCUCAAACUUUACUGAAAAGAUGCCAGUUAUAGUAAUUUAUUAAACAAUUAAAUUUCUCUGAAAUGAGACUUUACUUAAGUAGAAGAAAUUAUGUGUAAUCUCCUGACAUCAGCUAUGGAGACUAAAGUAACCAGUAAAACUAGCAGUCUAAAAGCUCUUUUGCUGAGGGCAUGGAGAGAACGUUGGAGUGAUUUACAAUGGGGUAUUAAUAUUAAAACAAUUUUACCAAGAGGUGUUAGCGGAGAUGUAUAUAAUUUAGCAGAUUGUAUAUUACAGCAAGCAUUGGUAGGACUUGGCCCAAAUCAAUUAGUACUAUCUUAUUUGAAACAUUCUCUAAGUUCUCAGUUGGUCUCCUAUGCUGCUGUGCUUCAGCGAAUAAGUAAAUACGAUGCUUUCCAUAAGCCCCAUUGUAUUUUAAGUUUACUGGAAUUUUUAGAAUCUAUUCAAAUAGGUAUAACUUGCCGCGGUAAACCCGAGGAAGAUCUUUUGGCUGCCGCAGUUUUGUCUAUUGUACAUUGGUUGCUACAGUGUUAUUUGCACGCGUUAACAAAAAUGCCUCAAAAUAGUCCGUUGACUCCGCAACCGACCGAAUUGAUGGACAAACCUGCGAGUAUAUUGAAACAGAUGCUUAGUUCCGAUUUCCUUUGCGCCAUGAUGUACUUAGCCAAAUACGACGACAAGGAUCUGUACAUAGAAGUAGUGAAAAAGUGCCAGGAAAUCGAAGCGUUGUUGAAAACGAGUAGUUUAAAGUCUUCGGUGCCGAUAGAAGAGUCUCUGAAGAAGCUGUGCAAUCUGGAAAUCGACUGCCUUACUCUGUCCCCUGAAAUGACUCAAAUGGAAUCCAUAACCCACUGCCUGCAGCCUUUGUUCGCAGUACAAGUCUUACUAAAUCCUAGCACGGAAACGGCUGUGUUUGUUAAUCAAAUGUUAAUGGUCCAAAGACUUAAGAAUUACACGAACGCGAGAUUGUACUGCGAGAUCAUUCGUGCCUGUUUAAUGUGCCUGCACAAUGUUGUGGGUAUGUUCAAAGAAUCCCAAUGGGGUGCUUUCACGUUUCUAAAGGUGCCACUAAUUUUGAAGGAGCUUCAUAUGGCACAUUCGAACGGUGACGACAAAUCGGAAUAUUCUCAGGAUGUCUUAGACGCGUUUGAAUUGUUGCUUCAGUUCACACCGCUCCUCGAUAUAAUGGAUACAGCGUGUUCCUGCAACAGCGUCGAAUGUUUAUUGAACGCAUUGCAAAAGGUCGGUUUAGUCACGGAGAAGCAGGCGAAACAGUUGAGCAGCCGAAGAGAGGGUGUAACGGCUAGUUUGCAAAAAUUAGACUCUUCCACGUCGACACCUUCUAUUCCAAAGGUAAUCGUUCGAGCGGAGCCUACUUUAUCCGGAAUUUUGAAGACGUUAAACGCAGAUUACAUGAAGAUCCACGAGGCGUUGUUGAGUAUGUUAUACCAAGUUCUAACCGGAAAGAGUUUCGAGCUGAUGUUGGCUGUAGCCACCGUCGAGGGAAAGCUGAAAACUUUUGUUACCAAGCUAAUCAAAUUCAACGAAUGUAGCAAGCAGAUCAAUGAACCUGUCCCACCAAAGACUGCCGCGACCAGAGCAAUGUUAUUCGACGUAUCGUUCCUCAUGCUGUGUUCUAUAGUGCAAACGUACGGAUCUGAUGCCGUGUUAGAAGAAGGAGGAGGAGACUCGUUUUUCGAGCAAUGGGUGCGCGAAUGCAUGCCCGAACGGAACCAACCAAAGUCACCCCAAAAAAUGUUACAAAACAUCGAUCCUGCAAGGGUGGAUGCGUUAUUGGCACAAAUCAAUUCCCCUGAUCCCGACUUCAAGUCCAGCAAUAUAAAAUGGCACAUCGCGUGCCAAUCGGCCAUGGGCGCUGUGAAAGAGCUCCUCUGUGCCUGGGAGAGCGACGUCCUAGGAGCUGGUGAUGUUAAGAGAGCUUUAGAUGGUUUAAGAGCGACUGCUUGCUGUUUACCCGUUUGCGCAGCCGCUUGGCUUUGCGCCUACAUGAGCAUCACUCAUCAGGAUGCUCUGUUGAAACCCAUGAACAUGGUCCAACACUUUUUAACUCCGCUUCCCGGCGACGAGAUGCAGGACAAUCUUAAAGAGCGAUCUAGUUUGAUGUCACAGAUCAUUCGCAAAAUGCAAUACGAUGUGCAUCCCCCGACUCAGUCAAAAACGAAGGUGCUUUCGAUGUCUCAUAGCAUCAUAUCGAGGCAACCGAUAUUAGAGCAAUUAGAGACUGUUUGGAGAAAUAUAAAUCAACGGGGAUGGAUAAACAUUCAGGCGACUCAAUCUUUAGAAUCUUUAUUAAAUACCGGAGGCUCGUUGUGGUUCGUGUCGAAUAUAGUGAAGGAGGUGUUGAAGUAUCGUUAUCAGGAGGAACUGGACCAAGCCGUAGACGUAGCGUUCGCUAUUUUCCACCUUGACAUCGAGAAUUGUACAUUAGAUCUCAUAAAUCAUAUCAUUCCACAAUAUUUAUACAACUCGUUACAGAGCGAGGAACUGGUCGAGCCACAAUCCUCGAUACUAGCCAAAUUGUGCGUGUACUGUAUAUUUUCUACGUUAGAAUACAAUAAUUCGAAUCCGUAUAGGGGGAACAAUAGGAAACGGGUGCGACGAGAUUUGGACGCGGACGAGCUGGAUGCACUCGGUGUUCCAGCGAAUAAGAUUUUAAGAUUAAACGAGGCAGGAGACUCGAAUCCUAUAUUUGGCUCUCAGAGUCCGCAAUCUCAAGGAUCGACCAACGGACAGAAAUCGGUGGUGUUGAGGGAUCCUCUCCUCUCUGCCCUGAACGGAUUAUUCACGAUAUUCUCGUUCCUAGCUGGCAGAGACGGUGAGGUAUCGCAACAGACUCAUUUUAUACUUCAAUUUUUACGUCUGAUGGUGCAAUGCGGGAAGGAUAGAACUCGUAUUUUACUUCAAGGAAUGCCACAAACAUUGGUACCUUGCCUUCUGAAAGCGCUGCCUGAAUUGUUCACGACUGAUAUUCUGUUAAGGUUUUACGAUAUUCAGACAGCAGCUGGCAGGAAGGCAACCGCGCGAGAUUUGUGUAUGCUACGUAAUAUCAAUCUGAAACCCUCGAAAUAAUUAGUGACGCGACACGUUUAACACGUGGAGCGCCUUUUUAUGGACAAGAAAAAAAUCUAUUUAUAGGAGGAAACAAGCGUAGACGAUAGUGAGACAUCCGAUUGUAUAAUUAUUUUAAAAUAUACGAAUUUAAUACGAA